CUUGUCGAAAGUAGACGAGGGGGGAGAGAAAGAGAGAGAGAGAGAGAGAGAGAGAUGGGGAGGAAGAAGGGAGUAGUGUUGGAUGAAGGAGCGCCGGACGACUUCGAUCCGGAGAAUCCAUACAAGGACCCUGUGGCGAUGCUGGAGAUGAGGGAGCACCUGGUGAGAGAGAAGUGGAUCGACAUCGAGACCGCCAAGAUCAUCCGCGAGAAGCUCAAAUGGUGCUACCGCAUCGAAGGUGUCAAUCAUCUCCAGAAGUGUCGCCACCUUGUUCAGCAGUACCUCGACUCCACCCGCGGCAUAGGCUGGGGCAAGGACCACCGCCCCCCUUCCCUUCACGGUCCUAAGGUUGAAUCCGAAUGAUUUUCUUCUUCGAGGUGACUGAAAUUGGUGCUAGUGGACAUGAAGAGUGAAGAUGGUGUGGCUUGCCCCAACAAUCGGUGUGGUUGAAUUCUGCUAUCGUCUUCAAUUUUCUUUCUUGUUAUAUUAGAGCCAAAUGUGGAGGCUUUGGUCUUCAUAGUUAUUUCCUUUGCUUUUUGGCAUUGAAAACUCAUAAAAUUUGUAUCGAAACAACAACGAAUCCAGGGUACAUUAGAAGACGAAAUAAAUCUGUUUUAUAGAUGCUUGUGGUUGUUUUUGUUUAUGCCUA